GCUCACUUAUUUCCUGAGCGAAGAAGACGGGCAAAGGCGGCUGUGAAGAAACGAGCGAAUCGAGGCUGUGCUAAAUAUUGUUAGCAUUUUUCCAAAUACUUGCACAAGAGUCACCUUGUCGCUUGUGUGCCUCAGCAUGGCAGUCGUCAUCCGUUUACAGGGAUUGAGGAUCACUGCCGGUUCGCAGGAUAUUCGCAAAUUCUUCACUGGACUCAAAAUUCCAGAUGGUGGUGUGCACAUAAUCGGAGGAGAGAAGGAGGAAGCUUUCAUUAUUUUUGCUUCCGACGAAGACGCGAGAAGAGCCAUGACGCGCUCAGGGGGGCAAAUCCGCGGGGGAUCUGUGACUUUGCUGCUCAGUAGCAAAUCAGAGAUGCAGAGUGUAUUUGAGAAAAGUGCCAUCAAUGCGGAGCUGGAGAAAAAGAGAAAUCUUGAAGAUAACGCAAGGCAUGCCCGAAGAUCCGCGGAGUCCGAUUCCAACAAGAGGCCGGCGAGUAAAGUGGACAUGAGUCCUCCACCGCGCCAAAAGAGACCAAACUCAAAUGAAGACGCUCCGAACAUCGUCUCCCCGUGUGUUUUCCUCAAAGGGCUGCCUUUCAAUGUGGCCCAAAGAGAAAUUGUGGAUUUUUUCAAGGGUUUACACAUCGUUGACCUCGUCCUGUUGAAAAACGCAACCGGACGAAACAACGGAAUGGGUCUCGUGAAAUUUUCAAGCACAGCGGAAGUAGCGGAAGCCUUGAAGAGGGACAGGGACUACAUCGGUUCUCGCUAUGUGGAGAUUUGUCCCACGACGGAGGAGGACUGGCGACGGUCAACCGGGAGGCCACCCGUGCGGGGCAACCCGGGAGGCGACAGGUUUGAAAGACGUGGAUCGCCUUUGCGUGGUCAAAUGAGGUCACAGUCACCAAUAGGCCAGAGGGGGUCAUCGCCCAAUGAUGAGUUCUGCAUUAUGGUGGAGAAUCUCUCCUUUGCAGUGGAAACGGAGGACAUCAAAAGACUUUUUCACCACGCAAGGCUCGAUGAUGACCAGAUCUUGUUCAUGAAUUUUGACGACCGGAAAAGUAGGUCCGCCUUUGUGCUCUUCAAGACCAUGCGCGAGUUUCGCGAAGCAACAGAAGAGGAGACAAAGCCCUUUUUCAAUCGAUUGAUUCAUAUCCGGCCGAUCUCCAGAGAAAAAAUGGUGGCCAUCAUGGAGUCUCAGAAAAUGGAUGUCAGCCCUUGUGGGAACUCUAGAAGAAGUAGAAGUAAUGAGAGGACUUCAUCCAACCCUAGGGAUCAUUCUGACACAGAGAAGUGCUUGCUGGUGCAAAAUCUACCCUUCGACGUACGCAAAAUGGAGGUCAUGGACUUGUUCGUUGGGAUGAACCCGUCGGACGAUGACGUGCACUUGCUGCGUGACAACACAGGUUCGGGGACCGGCAAGGCUUUGGUUCUCUUCCACUCCGACUCAGCGGCCAUGAAGGCCCUCUCUCUCGACGGGCAGAGGUUUCUCGGUGCAAAGCUUGCUCUCAAAUACGUCACUCGUGCUCACAUGCGGGAGUUGAUCGCCGGGCCACAGCAAAGAUUCAAAGAGUUCCAAGGCGCAGAUGAGGAGUGCUCCGACCUCAGGGGCUCUCGUGGCGCUAACAUGCCAAUGAAUGCGGGGCCUCAAAACUACGGCGGCUAUAAUUCUGCCGGCCACCCAUUCGACAGAGGCAACGGUGCUCGUAGCAGCGGAGGUCCACCGAGGCACAAUUUUACCGAGCCCAAAUGUGUGAAGCUAGUUAAUUUACCAUUCCAAAUCAAAGUAGAAGAAAUCUACGAUUUUUGCCACGGAUAUCGUAUUCUUCCGGGAUCCAUCUCAUUGCAGUACGAUAGGGGCGGAGCUUUUAAAGGGAGCGCAACUGUAGUAUUUGAGACUCGGGAGGAGGCCGUUGUAGCAGUGGAGGAACUCAAUGGAAGGCCAAUUGGUUCGAGAAAGAUUCAACUACUCUUUGUUUAAAAGUGACUUUGGAAUUUUGAUAGCCAGCGAGCUCAAGUGGUCUAGUUUGAACACUUUAAAAGCGAAAUAUAUUUUUGAGUAACAUGUAGUUGGUUUCCCCCUGUCUUAUUUUUUGCCAGUCUGUUUAUUCAUUGUCCAUUUGAAUGGCGUGUUAGUCGCUGCAUUUGAAAUUAUAUUUUCUGUUUUGUAUAAGUUUUGACUUCAUCCAGGGGAAAUCCGUUUAUGCUAUUGUUUGUUUUAUACAGUUUAUUUUACGCUGUAUGUUUAAAGUGGUGUUUAUUAAAAUGGAUCAUCUUCA